UGGAAGUGCUCGGCUGAUACCCCGGCUACUGCUGUACCAUACGAAAAUGCCAAGCGACCUAGACAAACAGAUCGAGCAGCUCCUCCGCUGCGAGCCCAUCUCCGAAGAGCAGGUCAAGCGGCUCUGCAUCAAGGCGCGCGAGAUCCUCAUCGAGGAGGCCAAUGUGCAGACGGUCGACUCGCCCGUGACAAUAUGCGGCGACAUUCACGGCCAGUUCUGGGACAUGAUGGAGCUUUUCAAGGUUGGAGGGCCUUGUCCAGAAACGAACUACCUAUUCAUGGGGGACUUUGUCGACCGCGGGUUCUAUAGUGUCGAGACCUUCCUUCUCCUACUCGCCCUUAAAGUGCGCUACCCGGAACGCAUGACCCUAAUCCGCGGCAACCACGAGUCGCGUCAGAUCACCCAAGUGUACGGCUUCUACGACGAGUGCCAAAGGAAAUACGGGAGCAGCAACGUCUGGCGCUGGUGUUGUGAGGUCUUCGACUACCUCGCCCUCGGCGCAAUCGUCGAUGGACGCGUAUUCUGUGUCCACGGAGGCUUGAGUCCGAGUCUGCAGGGUAUCGACCAGAUUCGCACCAUCGACAGAAAACAAGAAGUCCCGCAUGACGGCGCUAUGUGCGAUCUCCUGUGGUCCGAUCCCGACGACAUCAACGGCUGGGGUAUCUCCCCGCGCGGAGCGGGCUACCUCUUCGGCGCAGACAUCACCAAAGUAUUCGCGCACCGGAACGGCAUCGACCUCAUAGCGCGCGCACAUCAGCUCGCAAUGGAGGGCUACAAGCUCAUGUUUGACAAAGCGAUCGUCACCGUCUGGAGCGCGCCCAAUUACUGUUACCGAUGUGGGAACGUCGCGUCCAUUCUGGAGCUCGACGAGCACCUUGCGCAGGAGUACAAAGUGUUCUCGCACGCGCCUUCGGAUGUCCGGUCAAUACCAGCAAAACGGCCGCCUGCCGAUUACUUCCUGUAGCGUUGUAGAGCUUCCGCGGUCUUCGCACUUCUUCCCUCCAGAUGCUGUACUUCUGUCUGUAUUCUACGGCUGUAGCCUUAAUCGCACACCCGCUCCUCUUGCC